AUGAGAGAGACCCAGCAACGGUCAAGAAGGCCCUACGCCGAGACGAGAAGAGCCCAUCUCGUCGGUCGACCUUGCCGACUCGAGGGGAAACGCUGUCGCCCUCCCCUCGUCGCGGCAUGCCGCGACAGACCAUCUCGCCAUGACGAUAUCCUCAAGACGAUUCAGACGCUCCUGAAGCCACUAACCGAGGGCUUCAAAGCGAUGCGAGCCCAGCAAAAGAAGACCCAGGAGCAGGUCGAUACCCUGACCCAAGAAGACGACGAGGAACCGUUGGACCCCGCUGCCGCGACGACCAACGGAACCACUAAUCGUCCCGCACGAGUUAGCAGACGAGCAGUCUUAGAGCUCGAACGAAUGCACCGUCGCCUCGACGAGUUCGACUCUAAAAUCCAUCGCAUCACUAGCUCAGCCCCGGAGUUGACAAAAGCACUUGCCGACACCCGGAGGAGCCCACUCACAGCAAGGAUUCGCCGAGUCCAACUCCACGACAGAGUACGACUUAAGAUCGAACCCUUUGCUGGCGACCAAGACCCGAAGAAGUGGUUGACGGCAUUCAACCUCGCCAUGACGAGAGAGAAAUAUGACUCUCUCGACGAGAGGGAUGCAAACUAUUGUCAAGUCUUCGUCGAGCAUAUGACGAACGAAGCCCUUGUCUGGUUUUCAAACCUCCCUGCCGAGACGAUUGAUAACUUUGACGAUCUGACCAAUGCUUUUCUGAAGCACUACUCCAUGAACAUGACUAGGAUCACCCGAAACAUGUUCACUGUGACGCAAUCAAAAGGCGAGCCCUUAAGAGAAUUCAUCGAAAGAUUCAAGAAAGCAACACUUGAUCUCGACGACAUGCCAGAUAGUGUCCCGCUCGAAGCACUUCGUAACGGUCUCUGGUACAACUCAAAGUUCAAGGAAGACCUAUCGCUGAGACCAUCGACGAACUUGGAAGACGCGCUCCACCGAUCCCAAAACUACAUUUUCCUUGAGGAGGAUAAAGACUUCUAUGCCGAGAAGCACGGCGUGAAGAGAUCAUUCCCUUUUGCAGAAGAUGACAGCCCCGAGAAUCACUGGGACGUGACCGAGAUGCCGUCACAAUCCGCUCCGUCAACCCCAUCUCGUCUCCGCUCGACGACACCACGAAUGACGAGUGCGAUCAUACUUUGUACUGUCGCUUCCACAGAAGAACUGGUCAUUCUAUCGACACCUGCACGGAACUCAUCAGUAACCUCUUGGAGCAGUACGAGAAGGAAAACUUUCCGGUGGAAGACUUCUCCCACGUUCAUGGAUCUCAUGAACUUGCGAAAUUUCUGGUCUAGACGCGUAGCCUCGCGUCGUGCAAAAAAAAAAAAAAAGGUUGUUGUCAAGACGCGUAGCUUCGCGUCUCGUCAAAACGAACUACGAAUGGCUUGA